UUCUAGCGAGUCCUGUCUGGAGCUGUCUCAAGAGAGUUCUCGGUGAACUCGCCCCAGUUGAUACCUCUUCCAGCCUUCCCACUCUGGACCUGCUCUUUACCUAGCUUGUUGGGUCUAGUCAGUAUACUGCUGAUAAAUACGUGAACUUGAAUGGACUUAGAGGUUAACGGAGGCGCUGCUUCUCCUACGCGUCAAACUCAGUCGUUCCCUGGAAUAAAGAAGCCGCUGCCUCAAGGACGGACUACCAAAUCAUGGGCAAUCCAGAAUCCUUGCCAACCUUUGGUUCCACGACUUGAUUUGGGAAGCCUUCUUGAUUCUGAUGAGGAGGAGCAAGACAUAAUACCUGAAAACUUGCCAGAACCAACAAGCAAAUAUAAACUAAAAUAUCAGCAAUAUAAAACUGAAAGGAAAGAAGGAUAUAAACAGUAUAGUCAGAGAAAUGCAGAAAAGACAAUGCCACGUAUCACACAGCGGUCUCCAAGAAACAAGGUAGAUGACAAGUGUAUACAAGGUGAAGAAGCCUUCACUGAUGGUCUUACAACUCUGGAUAGGAAAGCCCUCCUACAGGAGGGUUAUGCAGACAUCCCUUACAAUGCACAACGGAGUAUGAGAAAAUCUGACGCUGAAAUGGUGGCUGCAGAGAAGAAGAAACAGACUGUUGCAGAGCAAGUGAUGAUAGACCACUUAUCUAGGGCUGUGAUCAGUGAUCCAGAACAAAACUUAACCUCUGAGAGACAAGAAAGUGUUUGUAUCGUUCCAGAUUCAAAGAUAGCACCUCUUCGAUUUAGGAAAAGAACACUACAUGAAACUAAGAUAAAAACCCAUUCUACAUUAACUGAAAACAUGCUUUCUCACAAGGUACAGUUUGAUGGUAGGAUCAUAUCAAGAAAUGGACGUGAUGCUUGCAGAGAGCUGAUUGGGUUCUUUUUUACUCAUGACCAGUCCCUAACAAUUUAUGAAUAUCGGCAAUUUGGGAAAAAUAGAACAAAUGUGCUUCCUUUUAUUCAAAAAAACAUUUAUAGCCAUCAGUGUGGACGAAGAAAAGGAAAACAAUACCAACUUGGUGAUUUUUAUAUUGGCGCAAACUUGACAUUUUUGAGUUCUGAUCAUCUGAGACUUCCAGAAAGCAUAAAAGAAAACACAUUACUUAUACUUCGAAUCACUAAUAUUGAUCAGAUAGCUUUGGAUUCUCUCAAAACCGAUUCUGUGGAACAUGAAGAUAUAACCAGUCAAGAAGCCAGUGAUAGGCUUGUCUUAAAGGCCAUCCAAGAUGCGCUAAAGGAACAGCUAUACAAAAGAGGUGUUCGUAUUUUGACUGGAUUGGGAAAAUACCUUCAACAACUGGACAAAGAAGGAACUGGACUUUUAGAUAAGGCAGAUUUUAAGCAAGCUCUAAAAGUAUUUCACUUAGAAGUGUCUGAAAACGAUUUUGAGUCUGCGUGGCGAAUUCUGAAUGGCAAUGGCAAUGACAGGGUUGAUUACGGAGAAUUUAAACGGGCCAUUAUUGGUGAAAUGAAUGAGUACAGGAAAUCAUUUGUUCGAAAGGCCUUUAUGAAACUGGAUUUCAACAAAACUGGCUGUGUGCCUAUCAUAGAUAUAAGAAAAUGUUAUUGUGCAAAGAAGCAUCCUCAAGUAAUUUCAGGCCAUUCCACAGAGGAAGACAUCAAAUUAUCUUUUCUAGAAACACUAAAAGAUGCCUGCAGCAAGUCUGAGGAAGUGUCGUACAGUGAAUUUGAAGAUUACUAUGAAGGUCUAAGUAUAGGGGUAGUAAGUGAUGAAGAUUUUGUUAACAUCUUACGUACUCCAUGGGGGAUUUAG